AUGAUUCCAAGUCAUCCUAAUUGUUCCCAUGUUAACAAUUAUCAGGCGGCUGCUGAAAAUGCCCAAGCACCCCCACCAGCCAACAUAACUAUCCCAAUGCUCCGCACCGCCUCCAACGCCGGUAAAGCCCAGCAUCGCAGCUCCCAUCUCGCCCCUCCGGCCGGCCUUCGAGAAUGGGAAAUCGAGAUCCACACGCGCGACGGUAGCGCUAUUCCAGCGCUGGUAUAUGGGUCCACAGACGAAGCUGUGAGCGAGCGGCCGAUACUGCUCUUUUUUCAUGGCGGAGGCUGGCCAGCGAUUGCUGUGGAGAAUGAUAUCAUUGUUGUUAGUGUGGAGUAUAGACUGGUGCCUGAGCAUCCCUUUCCUACCGCUGUGUAUGACGGGCUUGAUGCGUUACAAUGGAUAACUAUUUCUCAAUCCUCGUCCGGGGAUUCUUUAUUCUUUGCAGAGAUAUUGGCUAAUCAGUUUAUUCACCAUAAAUAG